AUGCACCCCGCAUGUACCGAUGCUGACUAUCGCAGCGACGCAGCUGCUCUUUUGCUGGCCAGCACCCAUCCAGGAGCUGACCUACCAGAUGUCAAUAUCAACUAUCCAUCCACGUACAGUGCGUUGGCAGUCUAUAAUAUUCUCGGAUACAACGGUCAAUCCCACCGUCCCGGAGAAUAUCCAAGUGAAGUCGCGUAUAAUUGGAAAGAGCAUGCCACACUUCGAUGGAAAGACGUACGCAAUUCAUGGAAGCCCGUGGACGCGACGACUGCCAGUAUCGGACUUUUGACAAUGUAUCUCUCGCAACUCUUGCUAUCUUUGGGUGAGGUGCGAGAGCUUGUCAUCAUGAGCGGAGCACAUCCAUGCGGACAUGAAUAUAACUUUUACGGUUACAAUGCUACUGCCACUGCGCAUGUUGUAAACACAUGGCCGCAGCCCAUGACAUUCUCUGGGACUGAACUUGGGGAGAUGGUCUACUCGGGCGCACGGUUGACGGGAGAAGGACCUGCGCACGAUCCGGUCAAUGCUGCUUACCGGUGGUACAACGGAUAUAAUGCGACUCAUUACCCUUGGGAUCCUCUCACUGUGCUGUAUGCGAUCGAGGAUUUGGGAGACACAUUUGAGUUCGGAACUGACGGAGUGUACAACUAUAUUUACCUUUAUGGUAGAAAUGAAUGGCAGUCUUGCGGCAUCGCGUCCGCGUCCUUUCAGCAUUACCUAAAAUUGGCAAUCCCCGGGGAAGCGCUUGGCGCUAUUCUUGACGAGGCAUACCUCCAAGGAGCGCGUAUGGCUGCCCAGCAUGAUAAGCAAUGGCAGAAUAAAUGCAUCUACUGCAAGGUCGGACUAGUCUUCAACAAGGAAACUUAA